AUCCACCACGCUGUGUUCAACCACCACCACCACCACACUUCAGUGAGCUCCAGCCGUUGUCAGAGAUGGCCGCGCCAACGCCACGUUUGGACCCUGGUCUCGCACACGGAAAGCAUUGGCUCGCUCUCGUAGCGGACGACUCGGAGACGAGAGGAGGAACCACAGCCAAACGGGAAGGCAGGAGCCACGCGCAGCAGGAGGAGAUCUGCCGCUCGGCGUGUUGGCAGCAGCGAGUGAGGCCACGCACGGCAGUGAUGGAUCAGCACGAGUUCAAGGUGUACGAGACGACAAGCCAGAGGGAGUUCGGGCCUCCGAGAAGCCAGGUCAACCAGGCUAUACGCCCAGGGUCGGCUCGAGGUCUGCUCGCCCAUGGGGAUAUGGCCGGGGCCUGGGCAGAGCCUGCUGAGUACACGCAGGCCUUCUCGUGGAAGCCCGUGGGGCCUACGCAGCCCAUUCGCUCUGGAACGGCUUCUGGAAACCGCAGGAACAACCCUCAGCCCAGCAAGGCUUUCCUGGUGUGGAGGCUUCCCAGUGGCAGGUGUGGUUCUGCCUGCGAGCGCCAAUCCCCCACCAUGACAGAGGCCGAAAUAAAGGCGAUCUUGUCAAGUCAGUACCAGUCGACCUACCGGGGUGACUACCUGGGCACACAACAGAGCCAGGGGAGCGCGGAGGACGGGGGACACCGCGGAGCCUCGGGAUCAUGGCGGCUAAGCGGAGGAGCGCAACCUCUCCUCUCCGAGUUCCAGGAGGGCUACCGGUGGCCGAGCCUCGACCCGCGGGUCUCCUUCCGUGCCACAAACUUUGGCUGCAACAAGAACCGCCGCCUGCCUGCCCUCGGCAUCGCUCCGAGCGUUGCGCGAGUGCGAGGGCCCCUCCCAGACACGGGGGGAGUUGUCACCUCGUACCAGCAGCACUACGGAGACGCGGACUCCUGCCCUAUCCGUACGCCUCGCUGCAGCACCCAGCCGCUACUUUCGUCCAGGAGCAGCGCUCGCCUGCACUAGGGCCAAGCAACUGGAGGCCCUGUACCUCUACUGAAGGUUUGGGAUGACUGGAGCGAUAUCAAAUGAAGACCUCUCAGGAUCAUCUGAAGAAGCCUUCAGCGGGAGAAGACCAUCCCCACCGCAGCAGCAGAAAUACCAAGGCGCUGGAGGAGACCUGGGCUGAGGGCUCUUAAUGGGACUACACGGCCCAAGGAGAUGAGGACUUAAAUUAAUGUUUCACGAGGCUUUGUUUAAAGAGUGUGAAUAUCCAUGCAGGCAUCAUUAUUUGGAUGUCUCCAGAUUUUCAAAUGUGCAUGCAAAUCGUGUACAUCUCUGUUGUAGAUGAGGAAAUUCACAUGAUCAUGACAGGGGUAAUAUCCAAAGGACCACUUGAUUUCUCAAAGUGUUGCUAAUCUUAUGGACCUUGAAAAUGCAAUUGGCUAGGUAAAAUUGUUUUUUAUUUAUUUAAUGACCAUAAGACGAUUCUGCAUGUCAAGGUCAAAUUUAAAGAUAAAACAACUCUAUUAACGUCUACUCACAACGUUGUCGCUUCUAGUAUAGAUGCGACGAUGCUGCCAGCUGGUAUGGCAUGAAAAUAAUGAUCUAACAAAAACUACGACAGUCACACAAUGCGCUUUGUGUGAACUUAAGAGGGAUAGCAUUAUCAGCUAAAGCUUGUGUGGGCUGGCAACAAACCUUCAGCAUUGAGCCGCGGCACGGUGUUAUGUAUUCGGGGAUUGCACAAGAGACCAAGAAACAAAGAUAACCCAAAAAAAUCGGUGACCUUGCCGCAGGAAGUGGCUGCUUAUUGAGGCCACAAUUUAUUGGUUUCCAAUAUCAGAUACCUUACGGACAAAUAUCCUACACAGUUUUUUAAACCAACCAAUUACUUAUGUUUAGAAUUUAGCCAUCAAAAGAAGCUCCCUGCUGUGUCAUCAGUUCAACAUCUGUGUCAAUAUCUAAAAGCAUCUCGAGAAGAAAAACAACUUCCUUCCUGCCUUAAAUACAACUUGCUUCCUGCCUGGUGCA